GAUUAGUAAUUUUCUUUCUACUUUUUCACGAUCAUUCUCUCUCUCUCUCUUUCUCUGUGGCUCUCAGUCAUGGCGGCCAAUUACUUAUCUUUCACUAUUUAGUUUCCUCAAUCAUGGAAAAUCGGUGAGGUGCUUCAAUUUUUUUCUCUGUUUGUUUGUUGAUGUAAAUUAUUCUUGAUUUUGGGUCUUUUCGGCAUUCGAUCAUUGGAAUCUUCUGCAGGAUUUUUUUAACCAUGGAAACAAAAAGAGUAAAGAGAAACCGUGGAACAAAGGUGGAAAAUGAGCCCAACAUCAUGGCUGAAGAUCGAAUCUCUCAGUUACCUGAUCCUGUUAUACAUUAUAUUUUCUCAUUCAUUCCCACCGUUCAUCUUGUUCAAAUGAGUAGUCUUUCAAGACGCUGGAGAAGGAUGUGGGUUUCUACUCCCUUUUUAUAUUUUGACGAAUCCAAUGAUGUUGUUUUCAUCAGGAAGGUAAAGAAAGGAAACAUGUUCCUAAAGUUUGUGGGCAACUAUUUGAGACAUCGCAAGCAAUUCAUGCAAGCAGAUAUGUUCAUAACAAGUUUUAAGCUCCAUCACUCAUAUUUCAAACUCAGGCGCACUGAUGUUCGAAGGGUAGAUGGUUGGGUGAGGUUUGCUAUUGAAAGUAAAGUGAAGGAAUUAGAUCUUCAUGUGCGAGAUUACUGUAUUCCUCAGUCCAUUUAUACUGAAAGUUCAUUAACCCAACUUAAGUUUCAUGGUUUGAAGUUUGAGGUCCCUUCACUUUCAACCUUAAGUUCAUUAACUCAGCUUGAGUUGAGAUAUUUGAAGCUGGAGGCCCCUUGUCAUUCGAUGUUUCCCACUUUGAAAGUUCUUUGUUUGGUUGAUGUGGAAUCUGAUUACAACUCGCUUCAAAAUCUGAUUUCUGGUUGCCCAAUGAUUGAGGAUUUGCAUUUACAGCAACUAACAAAAAUAAAUUGUCCACUACUUGAAUAUCAUUAUUUGGAUAUAAGCUUCAUAGAUUUUCCUGCUAAGGCACUUAAAAAUCUCUCAUUAUCAUCCGUGGUGUUCAGUGAUCAGGGGUUGGAAAGUCUAAUUUCUGGGCUUCCCCUCCUUGAGAGAUUUACUCUAGAUUAUUGCUAUAAAGUGAAAAAUCUUAGUAUCCAUAGUCAUAGCCUGAAAUAUCUAUCCUUUUCUGAAUAUUUUUAUAUCCUAAAUGCUACCUUUAGAACGCCAAAUUUAGUUCACUUGGACUUGAAACUAAGAUCUUUUGGCAUGUCAGUCAUUUCCAUUGAGGCCCCCAACCUUUUCCAAGCCAAUUUGAGACUUUCGUAUAGCUAUAAAUCUGCUGAUCUUGUACAUUUUCUUUCAAAUCUCCACGGCUUGAAGAAGAUGAUGCUGUCUAUGUUUUGUGAACAGGACAUGAUUUUUCCAGAAGCUAUGAGAAAUACAUUGUCUCCUCCCUUGCCUAAUCUGAAGCAUCUCGAUGCCAUCAUAUACGGUGACCGCAAGAAAAACUCAGAUUUGCAGGAUUUUCUAGUUUGGUGUGCACCUUCCAUAGAGACUUUCAUGAUACAGGGAAAAUCUUCUUAUUAUUGGUUUAGUACUUAAAAACUAUAUUUGUAACUUGUAAGGUUUUAAUUUUCCGAGCUUGCUUAUUUUAAUUUGACUCUGUUUGCUACCGAUGAUUCCCAAAUGUUGUAAAUAUGGGACCAAAUUCAAAAAUCCUAAGGGAACCUCCUUUUUGUACUUUUUAAAAAUAGAAAUUAGAAAAAUAUUCAUUA